UGAAAGUAAAUAUCACUGCGUAAACAAUAUCAAUUAUGACAUGUCAGCUGACCAAACCAAAACAUAAACAAAGAAGAUUAAUCAUGCUUGUUCGUUGUUUUUGUGUAGUUAAUAACACUGAACAAACAAUAAUGUUGGUUAAUAUAUGAAGCAGGUGAUAAAAUGACCAUGGCCAGUCCAAGAGUUUGUGAUGGUUUUGACCAGCCAGACAGCUUAGAGGGUUGGGUAGCUAUCAAGGAGGAUCCAUUCACAUCAAAUAUCAUCCCUCCUCGCCUCCUCUUCCUGGUCUCCUGGAAUGAUGUGGAAAGAAAACUAGCUGUCACAUGCAGGCUACGAAACAGAGUUGUGAGUGACACAGCUGAGCAUCAUGGCAGGUCAGGUCUGUUCAGCUUCCGGGAGCUUCGAGCCAUUCAUGAUCUACUGUGCCUUAUUCACCCGUCCCUUGGGCCUUUUCUUCCUGAUCUUCCAGAGGAGCCCUGGGGAAUAUGGGCGUAUGUCAGUAAUGAGGAAACCCCACCAAACAUUGAUGACAUAUGUGAUCAAUUGCAGAACUUCUAUUUCCCAAAUGCUUUAAUAACAUGCAAGGAACAUCUGCUCAUGUCUACAAUGUUUGAAGAGCAUUCUGAAGAAGAAUAUUUUGAAAGCAUUAGUGAGUUAAGGAGGCAGGGAUAUGAUUAUAAUAUAAAACUAGCGGAAGAAGAACUAAAGAAUGUUUUAUUUGAACGCGAAAAUGCAAGCAAUAUGUCAGAGAUGACAGGUAUUUAUGAGAGAGAAGACACAGCUGUAUUCAAAUUAAACAUAGCAAUGGCUGAACUAUUCAACUACCUGCUGCAGCCAUUUCUUGAUUUGCGAGAGGUGGCCUGCCUCAAGGUUCGGGAGGCCAAGUCAGAGAUUCAAAACCCAGAUAAUGGUGAGAGGGUGCGGCGUGAGUUCUGUGCUCAGCUGUCUGAGUGGCAGGGUCAGUAUGAACAAGCCCUUGACACCAUACAGGACAACUAUAUCAAGUACUAUACACAGACUAAAGACAUACUGCUGGAUAUUCUAAAGCGCCUUGAUGAAGACAGGAGGAGAUUUGGUCCUACUUCUUUUCAGCUUGUUUCUCAGGAAAGAUAUUAUAGAGUCAAGGAGGAUUACUGUCUGGAAAACCUCCAGCUUUUGCAAAGUAAAAAGAAACUGUUUGUACAGGAAAGGGAUAAAGUGAAAGAAAUGAUAGCGAGUAUGGAUGAGUCUCCUGGAUUGAAAAAUGACCUUCUUAGACUGGAGAAUGAUGUGUUUGAUUGGCAGAUAAAGAUAUAUGACCUUCACCUAGAUAUACUUAAGGCAGAGGAACAGCUGGUUAAAACUCAGAAAGAGGCUAUCACAAGGACUAUAGAAGAUGAGGCAGAUCGUGUGGUGUUUUAUGAUGCUGUUGAGAACGUCGAUGACUUGAGCCCGGACGAUGACCUUGACCUCCCGUCUAUGAUGGUGGCUGACCCUCGCCUCAGAAAGAUCAAUUCUAAACUUAAAGACAUCAACACUAAAAGAGCAAAGCUAAGGACAAUUAAGGCCAACUUAAAAUCAAAGAUGCAUUCAAAAGUAAACCAGAAAAGAGAAGAAAUUGAAAGAUUUGAAUAUGCCCACCGAUUACAGAAGAAACGUGAACAGCAGAGGGAAGAGCUGGAGCAGAAGCAGGACUUGAUAGUGUCAGAGCGCCGGCGAACCAUUGAUCGCCUCAAAACAUUCAGGGUGAAAUAUCCUACCCCAGCGACCAUAAAACCUCCAAGAUACCAGCCACCCAGCCAGAAGAAGGGUAGGUCUUUCAUUCAAACUACCAAAGGGCUUUCAACCAUUAGAGAGAGAAAGACACCUGUGUCUAAGGACAAUAAUGCUACUUUUAAUGUAAAGGACAAAAAACGUAUAGUGACACGUCCAAAAAGUGGCAAAAAAGACACAGUUGAUGGUGACAUACCCGUCACUAUAUAUGUGAGUGGACCUCCCCCUUGCCAAUCAAACACAAACACGACAACCAGUGAGCCAACUGGUACAAGGCUAACAGAAGCCAGUCAUGAACUUCCAGUUUCAGACAAUCAUUUCAGUGAAAAAGAGCGUGAAUCAUCUCAGACUGCAAGUCAGGCACCCCCUCCUCCACCAGGUUUCCCCCCACCUCCACCUCCACCACCACCGCCACCGCCUCCUCCUUCAGUGCCUUUACCCCCACCCCUCCUGGUGUUUAAGAAAAAGGGGGAGAAUAUGAGCACACUGGAUGCCCAGAAGAAGGGAAGUAGUGAGCCGGUGAAACCAGACCUCCAGGCGAUACAGCAGGGCCUUAAGGGACUCAAGCCUGCCACUGACAGACCUGAGAUGCAGAAACCAAAAGCUCCAUCAGCCGACCCAAUGGCUGAGAUGGUAAAUCUGAUAAAGAAGGGUGUAAAACUGCGUCCAAUGCGUGAGGUUUCCAGACCUGAAACCCCUCAGCAGACGACUCCCUCCGAGGACCACAUGAAACUUUUGGUUGAGAGCCUUAAUAGGAUCAACCUGUUCACACGAGAAAGUUCACCUGACAGCGACACCGAUGAUGGCGAGUUUGAUGACUGAGAGUCCUUUUAUAGCAGGGGAAAAGGUUUUAGGCUGUCUUUUAUAUUGAGCAUAGCUGUUUUGAAAACUUUUGAAAAUGGAUUAAGAGCCUAAUUUUAAAUAAUUUAUUGAUAAGUUGUAAUGCAUAAUAUUCUUGCAUUGUGGAUUAUUCAAUGAAAUAAAUAAUUAUGUAGUUUGUGCUGGUGCUCCUUAAAGGGACUCGCUCAUGUUUUUGUAAAAUACACUUUUUUUUGUACCACAGAAAAUAAAGAGUGGCAAAUCAUUAAGAGUAAACUAAGAUACUGAUGGCUUGAAAAAAUCAACAAAUGUUAAUAUAUGCUCAAAUAUUAUCUUUGAAGUCCAUGAAUUUGAAUAUCUUUAGUAACUAAUCAACAAAAGGCUUAAAGGUUAAGUUCUUCUCUUGUGUAUGAGUUCUUGUGGGCAUAAGGUUUUGUUGUCAGGAUUCUAAUUUUUUCUUGACUUUACCGGUGUGGGUUUGUACCCUAUUAAAACCAGAGUAUUUUUUUAUACUUAGUGUACUUUUUUCUGCAAUUUCAAUAUUAAAGAGUGAAAAAGUUACCGGGUAUAAGUAUUUUCAGAUGCAUUACCAGGAAAAAGUUGGAGCGAGUCCCUUUAAGGAUUAAUGGUGAUGGAGUAAUUACCAAUGCACGUCAUUCUGUUCCAUGAUAUAAGAAACGUAGCUAUGAUAUAGUAGCUUACCGGACAACAAAUAAUAACUGUUGUCAUAGGAAUGGAGGGUGUCUUUUUAACCAAAAUAGUAUUUAUAAUUCAGCUUACAUGGUCUUAUCUAUUUCAAUUAUCGGAGCUUUUAUGUUGACCAUCCCGCUUGGAAAGAUUACCAUGAUUUUGUGUGAAUUUGCUAUGUUGUGAUUGUUUUUGUCGAAAUGUACUGGUAAUGCCAUUGAUUUUUUUCUUCAAAAUUCAUUUCUUCACAAAUCUAUUAUAUAUAUACAGAUUUUUUCAUGGAGGAGACUUUGCAUA